CUGUUGAAAUAUAUUGACAAUAAUUCUUGAUAAGAAAGAGAUAUAGUUUUAUUCACAGCUGGACCUAUUAUCACAAUAGUGUAGAAAAAAUGAGACACAAUCAAUGUUUACAAAUGGUGGACAGAGAAAAUUAGUAUCGUUUCAAAGGUUUUUUUUAUGCUAUCUGCGGACUUAUUUCUGUUUAUACAGUGAAUGAUGGAUGUCACAUAUGGUUUACUAUCGAACCUGGUGAAAACUCGUUCAAUACAAAGAGUUUUAUCACCUAUUGCAUCCCAGAUUUCAUUGUUGAUCAUUCUGAAUGAGUCUGAAGAUGGAACACAGAUGUUACAAGGAGAGAUGGUUCCAUGUGCUAAAGCUGUCAUGCAGGCAUCACAUAAGCUUGUGACUGUAGCUAAACAACAUGCUCACACAUCCACUGAUCAGGAGUUUAAAGCACAGACUGUGGGUGCUUGUGAGGUACUGGAGUUGUCCAGUUCCAACCUAUACAUUGCUUCAGAGAGGUUAGAGGCCUCUAAUUCAAGCAGAGAAGCCAGGAACAAGUUGGUCCAAGCAAGCAAGGAUGUUCUACAGGGAACCAUGAAGGUUUUGCUGGUGGCUGAUGAUGCUGAGAUACGCAGACUUAUAAUGGCAACACAUAUUGUCACUGAAAAACUGAGUUCACUCAACAACUGUAUAAACAUGACUGAACUGGUGCAGAGAUUUAAGGAAUUUACAGACGCUCUAGCUGUGAUGACUGGGAUUUCUGACAAGAGACAAAGGGACCUUAUCCAUUCCAGACAAAGGGAGAGAAUCAUUACUGCACUGAACAUUUUAAAGAAAAGUAUAUCAUCACUGAGUGUAGCCAUGCAAAAUUCUGUGAAAUACAGCCAUAAUCCUCAAGCUCAGAUAGGUAAAUCAUAUAUAGUCAAUGAAAUCCAGUCUGCUUUAGGAGAUAUUGUUGAUGCUGUACAAAACAGAGAUACAGAUGAAGAAGAUAUAGAUUUAGAACAACCGGGCAAAUUUGUCUCCAGCAUUGAUAUGGCACUUGAGGCCCUAGGUGAGGAAAAACGGAGUGACCUUCAUGUUGACCUUGAGAUGUGGACAGAGGAAGCGGUGAGGCACAGUAUGACUGUAGCCCACCUGUGUUAUGAUAGUCAUAGAGAUCUGAUCAUCAAAACCUGUCAGAGGGUAAUUCAAGUAAAGAGUAGAGUCAUACAGGUGUAUAAAACAGUGAACAGUGACAGGGACGAGACACAAGCACGGGGGGAUUAUGAUGAUGUCUGUGAACUGUUAACUGACGAGUUCUGUGAACUAGAGAAGAACGUGAACAUAUCUCUGUUACACCUUGUUGUUGAGUUCUUCAAAGAAACCACAGAGCCACUUGAGAGACUUGUCAAGAAAGCCGUGUAUUCUGACAUGGAUGGUGUACUGGACCAUAGUGAUGCAUGUGUAGUCGGUUUUGAAGAUCAUGCAGAGAAGGUAUGCCAGAUAGCUACUCUAGCUGCUGCCAGUUCUACAGAUGCUAGAAGAGUACAUUCUAUAAGAACCAGUGUACACAGACUAGAGCACCUGGAUCCAGAGAUUGUACCAUCAGUCAUUUCCAUUUCGCGAUCUCCGCAAGAGAAAAGUGUGAUGAGGCAUUUAAAACUGCUGAUGAAGGAGUGGACAUUUGAGCUGACCAAUCUCAUCAAAGUCAUGGAUGAAAUGACCGACCCUAAAAUGUUCAUGUUGGUGUCAGAACGUAAGGUUGAGGAUGACAUCAACACAUGUAAUGGAUGUUUACUGAUCACAGACCAAGCAGGAUUUUCUGUGAUGCUACAGGCUGUGAUAGGUCGGAGCAGACGUGUAGCGCAGGUUGCCGAAAGAAUUGUAGAUGCACAUGAAGACCCACUGUUCAGGAAUGGUUUAAUGGUGUUUAUACAGAAACUGAAGAAAGCAAUAACAGCAGUUAGAACUUCUGGUGGUAAUGUGUCUUCAGAAUUUACGAAUAAGCUGCAUCAAAACACAUUGAGACGGAGGUUUGAUCUACUGCAAGAUUCUCUAACCAAGGUUAAAGCUGGCCUCAGUGAUUCCAACCAUCCACAUGUUCUCAGUCCACUCAGAAGGAAUGUACGAGGAUCUGAAAAACUUGUAAAAAGAUUAAACCAAGACCCAUUUCUUUCUGCACUACCUCACCUGUCAAAGUUGAAGCAUUCCACUGGAGACCGUAUCAUAGCAACAUCGGUCCCAAAACUGAACCUUGCCUCAGUAGUCCGAGAGGACAGAAUAUCACCUCAUUCAGCAGCCAAUCAGAUAAUAGAAUCAGAGAGAAUAACGCCACAGUCAGCGGCCCUUCAAAAGACAGAGAUGGGAAAGAGCAUGAGCGUAUCACAGAUUACUGCAGUUUAUCCAAAGACAUAUGCAUGGAGGCUUGCCACUGACCUUGUAUCCUGGUCAACUAAAGGUGACAGGGACAAAGUGAACCUCCUUUGUGGAGAUCUACUUGGCUGGACCAAUCAUAUUGUAGAUGUUUCUAACAUAGUUCUAGUACACUGUACUGAUCUAAAGAAGAAAAAGGAGUUGGAGAGUUUAUGUUACUGUGUGGACCAGUCAGCACCAGAAUUGUUAGAAAAGGCAAAAUAUGUUCUACAUGGUGAUUUCAGUCAACUUAAUGGUAUGAAAACCCAGGCUGAUGAUUGGGCUACUAAGGUUGAACAAGUGAGAGUUUAUGUUGAUAUUACAGUAGAGACAUGGAAAACCAUUACAGACAAAGUUUGUGAUGCUGCUAGACUGCAUAGAGCAGAUCUAGUCAAACAUCAGUUGGACAUAGUUCAAGGUCAUAUUGUUGCAUUGAAUGACCUUGUGUCUGUUGCUGGGAAACUGAGAUGGGAAAACCAGGUCAAAGGUCAAGAUAAGAUUGAUUCUUUAUGUGAAGAUGUAAAUGAAGUAGAAAAUUUAGGAGUGACCUUCAAAACUACAGCAGGAAUGGUUGCUGAACAAGGUUUAAAGGACCAAAAUGUUGAACUGGACCAGUUAGGAAGAGAGUGGUGUGUGAAGGUGUAUAAAAUGACAUCAGAUAUUGAAAGUCUCUGCAGCGAACUCCUUGACCUUGGUGUACAGAAGAAAAUAUGGCCGACUUUACAUGUGCAAGAAGGACUUGUAGAUACUCUUCAGAAUGAAAACAAAAAACUCAAAGAUUUGUUGAAGAGUGCUUGCUAUGGUGAUGACAGUAAAAAAGAAUUAUACAAGGAGUUUCUGGCUGAUAUGGUUGAUUGUGUUGAAGAGCUGAAAUGUACCUCAUUGGCAAGGAAGUCUGGUCCAGGAUCAACCUUAGCAAGACCUAGAUACACUAGUCUAAAUAUAGGUUUAUAUAGAGGAUUUUGGAUACUUAAGGCAGUGCAAUGUGUGGAUCUAGCCAGACAGCAGACGUGUAUGUACAGCGGAAGUGUAGAUAUUAUCAUAGAGAAAGCUUUUAUACUUAAAGCUGCUGCUGGUUCUGAGAGAGAAAUACACCUCCAGGAAUUCAGCUUUUUGUUGACCCAGUUCACAGACAUUGUAGCAACAGUUAGAAAGAGAGUUCUUCAAGGCAUACAACUCUCGUCUGAACUGGGGAAAAGAUCUGUGGUUCGACAGUGCCUUGACUCAAUAAAUACAUUGCUACCGGAGGUUGUUGCUGUGCUGAAAACAUUAGCAGAUGUGAACAGUUGCAGUCACCAUGGUGAUGUGUUAUGGCACAGACUAUUGUGGUGUGCUCGAGUCUACCACCUUGUAACAUGUCUACGUCAGAUGACAGAUGUCAGGGCAGCUAUCAUUGAUGAGAUAGAAAAGCUCCUGCGACCACAAGACAUUGUUACAGACUAUGAUGAAAUCUGUGAGAAACUCAGCCUUGAAGAUUCAUUAGGUGUUGCCAGGCAACAAUCAAAUCAAAUUGAUUCCCAAAAUAGGACCCUUUUUCCAGGAAAUGGUGAAUGUGCAAAGCAGGAAAUUACACAGGUGAAAAAGUCAUUGCCUGGCAACCUUCCAAGAUCUCCCUUAUCGCAAAAUUCAAAUUUUGGCAAUAUUCCAAGACCUACGCAGCAGACGUCAAAGAAGCAGGGGUCAAAGCUGAAUGAAGGCGUUCACAAUCAUCUGAACUUUACGCAAUACAUACCAGACCAGGGACCAAACAUUGAAAACUUCGACCCAGUUGUGGUUGAUUUGAAAGCCGUGGAAGAGCAAAUUUUAUAUAAUACAAGCCAAGCUCUAGAACAAACGAGUACACAAGACUCUCCCACUGUGAAGUCAGUUGACAGGCAGACGGAAAUGAGACGUCCAAACCAGAUGUCUGUGUCAGCUUUAACACCAACCCCUGUCAUCGAUCGUCUUUUGAAAGAUGCACAGUUUAUUGAGAGACAGACAGAAAAAUGGGAAGACGAGAGCAACCCAAUAGUAAAAGUUGCAAAAACAAUGGCAACCCAAAUUAAACAGAUGACACAGUAUGUGAAAUAUGAAGGUCCCAUAAAUAAUCACCUCGCCUUGGUUGAGACAGCGAAAGCUUUAGCGGAGAACAGUGAUAAGGUGCUGCACUUUGCACACAUCCUCAUCAAAUAUUGUGUUGAUAAGAGAUUUUGUGAAGAUUUGCAGUCCUACUGUUUACAAGUGCCCACAGUGAGACAGCAGCUACUGAUACUGUCUAAUGUUCAGCUGGGAACGGCAAAAGCCGAUACAACAUUUAGAAUAUAUGAAAAUUGUGAGGCUGACAGAAUAUUGGUUCAGAAUGCACAUAAUUUGAUGAAGCGGAUCUUACAGACAAUAUCAGCAUGUGAAGCAGUCUGUGUUAAGGGUUUGUCUCCUAUGGUGACGGAGGAUUCAGAAAGUUCCAUACUGCUGGCAACAAGAUGGCGACAAAAAUAUGUUGCGCACCGCCAACAGGGAGUUCUGGAUGGUGAUACAGAUGAACUUGGACUGAGAAUCGUAGAAGGAGAUGAUCUACCACCAUCUCUUACACAGAUAUUCCAGACUUGAUACAAUGGCAGAUUUUAGAAACACUGCUGUUAACCGACUCGGAAGUGUCCAGUGAAGUUUUCUCAAACUGAAAAUUGUCUAAGAUUAGAAUUUUUAACGAAAACAGAUUUGUUUUUAAGACAAUUUAUUUUUAAGAAAAAGCCCUAUUUUGGGGGAGAUUUGUAGUAGAAAAAAUUUAGGCCAGUAUUAAGAAUCUCGGUAAUCGUCUGAAAUUCUUCAGGCAGAUCAUUGUUUGUAAUAUACGCAAAUUCUUACUAGGAAUGACAGUAUAGUACUGUGAAAUCAUAAGCCUUUAGCCUGCUAAAUUUCUAAAAUAGACCGAUCUAUCAUUCAGCUUGGGCAGUACCAGUUAUUAUUCAAAGGGGUGUUCAAUGAAAAUUUCCUGACUGCACUGGUGGCAAAGGUAGAAUCACUUGCCACAAGCAGGCUAAAGUUUUAUACCACUGGGGACUAAUUUUUGUGUAUUUUGAAGUAGGGUCCAUCAUAGAAAUUUAAUCCCAGCCAGCAUGUAAAAUUUGUUUACAUUUAAAAGUGGAAGUGCACAAAUUUAUAUCCCCACAAAAUAGUUAAUUGACAGUAGUAUUACAAAAUGAUAUGAAUUCACAGUAUAUAGUGUGAAAAUGGGUAAAUAAGUAACAGUUGUUGAUAUUCAAAUUUUUUUUUUUUUUUGGCAAUAUUUUAUCUCUGUAGUAUAGGGAUCUACCCAAGUUUCUUGCCUAUGACUGAACAAUUCCAUAAAUUUCUUACUUUAAUCAGUCAUUGCAUUUCUUACAGGGGAGGUGCUAAAAUUUUAUACUAAUGUAUUAUAUUACAUGUACUUUCAUUUUAAAUUAGUAAGUAUACUUCAUUUUUUUAUCAUCUAAUUCUGUCUCUUUAUACAUGCAUAAUAAGUAUACAGGACUUUUAUAAGUGAUAUUGUUACGUCUGCUGACCUUGAAGUAUCGAAAAUUUUAAAAGUCUGUCAUCCGUGGACAGUUUUUAGCUCAUCUGAUUUUUUGAAAAAAAAUGAUGAGUUAUUGUCAUCACUUGAGCGGUUGUCGGCGUCGGCGUCGGCGUCGGCGUCGGCGUCUGCGUCGGCGUUGCCUGGUUAAGUUUUAUGUUUAGGUCAGCUUUUCUCCUAAACUAUCAAAGCUAUUGCUUUGAAACUUGGAAUACUUGUUCACCAUCAUAAGCUGACCCUGUAUAGCAAGAAACAUAACUCCAUCUUGCUUUUUGCAAGAUUUAUGGCCCCUUUUGUACUUAGAAAAUAUCAGAUUUCUUGGUUAAGUUUUAUGUUUAGGUCAACUUUUCUCCUAAACAAUCAAAGCUAUUGCUUUGAAACUUGGAAUACUUGUUCACCAUCAUAAGCUGACCCUGUACAUCAAGAAACAUAACUCCAUCUUGCUUUUUGCAAGAUUUAUUGCCCCUUUUGGACUUAGAAAAUCAGUUUUCUUGGUUAAGUUUUAUGUUUAGGUCAGCUUUAAUCCUAAACUAUCAAAGCUAUUGCUUUAAAACUUGCAACACUUGUUCACCAUCAUAAGUUGACCCUGUACAGCAAGAAACAUAACUCCGUCCUGCUUUUUGCAAGAUUUAUGGCCCCUUUUGGACUUAGAAAAUAUCAGAUUUCUUGGUUAAGUUUUAUGUUUAGGUCAACUUUUUCUCUUAAACUAUCAAAGCUAUUGCUUUGAAACUUGCAACACUUGACCAUAAUAAGCUGACCCUGUACAGCAAGCAACAUAACUCCAUCCUGCUUUUUGCAAUAAUUAUUGCCCCUUUUGGACUUAGAAAAUCAUUUUCUUGGUUGAGUAUUAUGUUUAAGUCAACUUUUCUCAUAAACUAUCAAAGCUAUUGCUUUAAAACUUGCAACAGUUUUUCACCAUCAUAAGUGGACACUGUACAUCAAGAAACAUAACUCUAUCCUGCUUUUUGCAAGAAUGAUGGCCCUUUUUAGACUUAGAAAAUCAUGGGUAGGACAAUAUUUCUAUUACACUAAAAAAAAUCAGAUGAGCGUCAGCACCCGCAAGGCGGUGCUCUUGUUUGUUAUUAGCUCGACUAUUUGAAGAAUAGGUAGAGCUCUUGUUUAGAUAAGGAACAGUAGUAAGGAUAUUUAUUCUAUGUGCCAGUCCCGUUUAAAUGAAUCAGAGCUGCUUUACAAACAACUGUACAUGAUAGCCAACUUUAGUGAAAACUUUGUAUGUCUAUUUUAUGGAAAUAAGGUUUUCUUUAUGUCUUAAAACCUUUUUUUUGAAAUCCUUCACACAUUUAGUUAUACAAAUAUUAUGUAUUUCAUUUAGUUUAAAUCUGAUAACUAGUAUUUAAAAUUAGCUUUAUAUUUUUUAGCCCCAUAUCUGAAUAUUACAUUUAUUUGCAUACCAUAAAUAUAAGAUCUAUAAGAUCCUAUCAAACCUUUAUUAUAACCCCCCCCCCCCCACCACCCAAUAAACUUGGUGGAGGGGAAGAGUUAUAAAGGAAUCAGCUUUGUUCUGUCAUGUCUGUCUCUGUCCCAUUUCAGGAAACUGUACCAUCUCUGAAACCUAUACCAAUACAAUUUUAAAACUUACAGUAUGCCUUAAGGAUUGUAAGACAAGUUCAUAUACCAGGUCCCAUUACUCCAACAUAUUUAGCUCGACUAUUCGAAGAAUAGUCUAGCUAUUCUACUCACCCUGGCGUCGGCGUCGGCGUCACACCUUGGUUAAGUUUUUGCAUGCAAGUACAUACAGCCAUCAAUUAAAGGCAUAUAGCUUUGAAACUUAUUUUUUCUUUUUCUAGAUCAAUUACCAACCUCUCUGGGUCAAGUCCCAUAACUCUGACAUGUAUUUUGAGCAAAUUAUGCCCCCUUUUGGACUUAGAAAAUUUUGGUUAAAGUUUAACAUGCAAGUUACUAUCUCCAAAACUAAUGCAGAUAUUGAUUUGAAACUUCACAUGUGUCUUCGGGGUUAUAAAACUAGUUGAUAGCAGCAAGUCCCAUAACUCUGACUUUCAUUUUGGCCAAAUUAUGCCCCCUUUUGGACUUAGAAAAUUCUGGUUAAAGUUUUGCGUGCAAGUACAUACAGCUAUUUCUAAAAUGCAUAUAGAUUUGAAACUUAUUUUUUCUUUUUCUAGACCAAUUACCAACCUCACUGGGUCAAGUCCCAUAACUCUGACAUGUAUUUUGGGCAAAUUAUGCCCCCUUUUGGAAUUAGAAAAUUUUGGUUAAAGUUUUACAUGCAAGUUACUAUCUCCAAAACUAAUGCAGAUAUUGACUUGAAACUUCACACGUGUCUUCGGGGUUAUAAAACUAGUUGAUAGCAGCAAGUUCUAUAACUCUGACCUUCAUUUUGGCCAAAUUAUGCCCUCUUUUGGACUUAGCAAAUUCUGGUUAAAGUUUUGCGUGCAAGUACAUACAGCUAUUUUUAAAAGGCAUAUAGAUUUGAAACUUAUUUUUUCUUUUUCUAGAUCAAUUACCAACCUCACUGGGUCAAGUCCCAUAACUCUGGCAUGUAUUUUGAGCAAAUUAUGCCCCCUUUUGGACUUAGAAAAUUUUUGUUAAAGUUUUACAUGCAAGUUACCAUCUCCAAAACUAAUGCAGAUAUUGAUUUGAAACUUCACAUGUGUCUUCGGGAUUAUAAAACUGGUUGAUAGCAGCAAGUCCCAUAACUCUGACCUUCAUUUUGGCCAAAUUAUGCCCCCUUUUGGACUUAGCAAAUUCUGGUUAAAGUUUUGCAUGCAAGUACAUACAGCUAUUACUAAAAGGCAUAUAGAUUUGAAACUUAUUUUUUCUUUUUCUAGAUCAAUUACCAACCUCACUGGGUCAAGUCCCAUAACUCUGACAUGUAUUUUGGGCAAAUUAUGCCCCCUUUUGGACUAAGAAAAUUUUGGUUAAAGUUUUACAUGCGAGUGUCUAUCUCCAAAACUAAUGCAGAUAUUGAAUUGAAACUUCACAUGUGCCUUCGGGGUUAUAAAACUAGUUGAUAGCAGCAAGUCCCAUAACUGAUAUGCAUUUUGGUCAAAUUAUGCCCUCUUUUGAACUUAAAACUCUUUUGAUAUUAAACCUUUUUGGGUAAUAUUUUCCUGCUUCUGGGACAAUAUUUCGAAUAGUCGAGCUUGGUUGUCUUACGGACAGCUCUUGUUGGAGAAAAUUGUUUCCCUUUUUCACCUGGAAAAUUUCCAAAAUUUCCCCAAAUUUACAUUUCUCUCAUUAUUUUUGAAAACUGUCCAUGCAUUUGAUUGAAACUCCGCACAAAUCUUUUAGGUUAUAGUAAAUUCCAUGCACUGGAGUCAAAGAUACUGCUUUAAAUGUUAAUUAUUGAACAAAAACUAGUUCAAAAAAAAGAUAACUUCAUCAUUAUUCAGGACAGAGUUUUGGCUAUUUAGCUUUUCAGUUCCUCUUACUGACAUGUAUAAUCAUAUCAAGUUACAUUAAAGGUAUAUUAGAUCCAAAGUUCAUAUUUAAAAACAUGAAUAAUUACUUCAUAUAAUAUAUGUAAACAUAAAAUUAACAAGUUUGUGUGUAUUAAAAGUACUAUGCAUUAGGUUUAAAAUAGUACACACUAUACAUGUUAAGAUAAACACAGUAUUGUAAUAGUACUACUAUUAAAGAAACUGGCUGUCUUUUUAACAAUAAACUGUUAUUGCAUGACAUUAAAUUAUGAAUGUAGUUCUAUAUGCAAACUUAAUUUAUAUAUUUAGUAAAGUUAAAUACAUUUAAUAAGAAUUUUAUACAUUUGAAGUAAACAUUUAAAGAUAAAAUAUUUCAGUGAAAGAUUGUCGUUGGAUAUCUUUAACUACAUUGCACCUGUAUCUUCCACCAAGGACUUUUUGAGAUGCAUAGAAUCCCCUCCAGUGGAUGAAAGUUCUUGUCUUUUAAUCAUAAUAUUUUAAUAAAAAUGUAAAAAAUUAUGUUCAGGAAGGGAUAACCAAAAGAGAGUUAAUUCUGUAAAUUUCAUGAUAAAGAUACGGUUCUUCUGCUGUUUGAAACCAUUUAGUAUUAUAAUAAUUACUCAUUACGUAAAUGAGUGUCUUUCAUAUUGAAUUUAUUUAAGGAGUUGAAUAAAAUUAUACAAUGGGAGGCUCUGCUGAGCAUUUUUUCACUUUUAUUCAUCAGCAAGUUAAUAAAGUCAAUGUAGAAAUAAGCAAAUGUAAUAUUCUUUUCAUCACAUGUAAGCUUUUCCUGCUGAAACAUCAAAUUUCUUCUUUCUUUACUUGUUAUAGACCAAGUAAAUUCGACCAACUUCUAUACAUAAACCGACGUCAGCGUCAAAGCUUUAUUACACCAGUGUAUUACCAAAAUUAUGUAAUAGCUUUACUUCACUCCCAUGACGUCAAAUGUGAUAAAACUCCAGCUGCCACAUUGAGCAUAUAAGGUACAGUGAGUAGUAUUUUAAAGUGAACAUUUAUUAUUAUUAUUACUACUACUAUUAUUAUUACAUUUAUUACUAUUAUUAACUUUUAGUGGGGUUAUAACUUCUCUGUAGUGAUAGCGGUAGUUUUUUAUAUAUUCUAAUAUGCUUGUCUCUGUUAAAACACGCUUACGUUAGAAUGACGUCACAUUAACGUGCGGUGACGUCAAAGUUUUUGUUGCGACCAAGAAAGAGCGCUACUAUAUUUUUAUAAGCCCGUUUGAAAAACGGGACGUAUUAUGGGAACGCCCCUGGCGGGCGGAUGGGCGGGCGGGCGGAUCUGGCGUCCACAGACUUUGUCCGGAGCAUAUCUUCUACAUGCAUGGAGGAAUUUUGAUGAAACUUGGCACAGUUGUUCACCAUCAUGAGACGGAGUGUCAUGCGCAAGAACCAGGUCCCUAGGUCUAAGGUCAAGGUCACACUUAGAGGUCAAAGGUCAAAUUCAAGAAUGACUGUCCGAGCAUAUCUUCUUCAUGCAAGGAGGGAUUUUGAUGAAAGUUGGCACAAUUGUUCAUCAUCAUGAGACAGAGUGUCAUGCGCAAGAACCAGGUCUCUAGGUCUAAGGUCAAGGUCACACUUAGAGGUCAAAGGAUACAAUCAUGAAAACCUUGUCCGGAGCAUUUCUUCUUCAUGCAUAGAGGGAUUUUGAUAUAACUUGGCACAAAUGUUUACCACCACGAGACAAAGUGUCAUGCGCAAGAACCAGGUCCCUAGGUCUAAGGUCAAGGUCACACUUAGAGGCCAAAGGUCAGAUACAAGAAUGACUUUGUCCGAAGCAUUUCUUCUUCAUGCAUUGAGGGAUUUUUAUGUAACCUGGCACAAUUAUACACCGUCAUGAGAGGAAGUGUCAUGCGCAGUUCCUUUCUUUAGAAUUACUUCCCUUUGUUGUUACUAUAAAUAGCUUAUAUUGUAACUUCUUCAUUACUAGUCGUAGGGAAAAAUUGAGACCACUUUUCUGUAGUACAACAUGCAUGCUACAUCCAAGUUUGAGGUGUAUUUUGACCAAUCUCUACCUGGUAAAGAUUUUUGUGUGGACUUACAAAUUUUUUUUGGAAUUUUUUUUUUUUAAAGAUUAUCUUCCCUUAGUUGUUACUAUAAAUAACUUAUAUUGUAACUUUUUUUUAUAAUUGACCGCAGGGAAAAACCAAGACCACUUUUCUGUGGUACAAAAUCAAUGUUACUUUCAAAUUUUAGGUGUAUUUUAAGGUCUCUCUACCUUGUAAGCAGCUAGAGUAAAGAAAUUUGCUGCGACGGGCGUAUAUUGUGACAUUCUGGCACUCUUGUAUCUACUGUUUUAGAUUAAGGGCAUAUUAGAAUGAAAUAAUUUAUAGCAAAACCGUGUUUUAACACUAUUUAUACAAUUGGGCGGUUAUACGUAGUACAAAUAAUUUCACUCGGGCUGUGCCCUCGUGAAAUUAUUACCCCCGACGUAUAACUGCCCAUCGUGCAUAAAUAGUGAUAAAACACUCAUUUGCUAUAAAUUAUUUCUUAAAUAAUAAAUGGAAAAUUUUACCUGAAUUCCUUAAUAUCUUGUGGGAAAAAAAGAUAUUAUCACGUAUUUAUUUCCAAUUUUAGUACUAUGCAAAUAUUUUAUCAUAUCAAGAAAAUUAUUUUGGAUAUUUACAAACUUAACUAUUGUAAUAUUUACUUGUUUGUAAUUACUAAACUCAUUUACAUAUUGAGUAUUGUUCCGUCCCUGCAUUUACAUAUGUAUUUAUUCUGAGAAAAAAGCUUGGCAUUGCAUAAUCAUCUUUGUUUAAAUUUAUUGCAAAUAAGUAUAAGUAUUUUGGUAUAUUUACUCUGUGUAUUUAUUCUGUUACUAAUUUUAGCCAUAAUUACUGUCUCAUCAAUUGCAAAAAUGUUAUUUGUGAACCACUGUAGCAAAGUUAUACAUUAUUUACACUUAACUAUGCAAAUAUUACAUUUUUUCAUUACCUCUAUGAUGCCAGUAUAUUAUUGUUCUAAAUAAACAUUAUAUAUUUUUACAAAGUUUUGUUUUUCUUUUGUUCAUGGCGCCUUUGGUCUAUCCAGGUGCCUGCACAAGUUCAAUAUAAUGUCCACAGCUGAUCCUCCUCCUCCAUUAAAGAGUCGCCACAGAACUUUAAACCUAACAAACAGACUUUCACUUAUUCAGUUUAGUCCAGAGGUCUACAGGAUUGUUUGACAUGCCAUUACAUCUACGAUGAACUGCUUAACGAUCAAUUUUGAAUAUGACUGGGAGGUGCUUGUCUGGGACAGACAGUUAAAAAGAUGAGCAAAGGUGCAAUGUUAAAAAGAAAUACAAUUACUAAGAUUAAAAACAUAGAUGUAGAUUAGAUGGUUACAGUUGCCAGCCUCUCGGUAAAUAGAAUCGAGCUGGGCUGGACUGUAUGUGUAGGGGGAGACCAUUCCAAGAA